AUGCUACGAUCAACCCUAAGCUCGUGGAGAGAGUAUCUUACCCCCGUGACUCAUAAAUCGACUUUUGAAGAAACCGGAGAAAUCACACCAGAAGAGUUUGUGGAGGCUGGUGAUUACCUCGUGUAUAAGUUCCCCACAUGGCAAUGGUCAUCGGCUCCUCCUAACAAAAAGAGAGACUUCCUUCCCGAUGAUAAGCAGUUUCUAGUCACACAUCGUGUUCCAUCUUACGCAAGGGCUGCUGAACUAACCGAGGAACAAGCCGACGGUGGCGGUCCAGAUACAGAGGAUGAUGACGAGGAAGAUGGCUGGACCAACGCCGCUGUAGGAUUCAAGAAACUUUCUAGUAAAUCUCGUUUACAUGAUAAUGGAACGGAUUCAACUGAUGCCCGUCCAGCUUCGGAAGAAAAUAACGAUAUUGACGCCCUAAUAGAUGAGUCUGCUGACAUUGAUAAUGAAGACAAUGACCAUCAACACCAACACCAUUAUAACGCCAACAAACGAAGCUACGACCUGUACAUUACGUACUCAACUUCGUAUCGAGUGCCAAAGCUUUACCUUGUUGGGUUUGAUGCUGACGGUUCACCUUUGAGCCCAGACCGCAUGUUUGAGGACAUUUCGCCGGAUUACCGACAAAAGACAGCUACCAUUGAAAAAGCCCCAUUCUUAUCCAAUACCACAUCUGUGUCAGUUCACCCUUGCAAGCAUGCCAACGUAAUGCGAGUAUUAAUGGCCAGAGCAACUCAAAGAAGUAUUCAAAAUGCUAGCUCAGUGACGGAGGGAGUGCACAAACUUGGAAUUGCCGAUAAUAAUGAUGAAUGGGAAGAUGUGAACACAUCAGACACUACCCAGCAAGGAAUUCGUGUUGAUCAGUACUUGAUAAUAUUCUUGAAGUUUAUUUCUAGUGUUACCCCAGGUAUUGAACAUGACUACACAAUGGAUGCCACAUUUUAG